GCGGCCUGUGGGCCGACUGACCCGAGUUCGAGUCCCGGCUCUGGCCGGCGUGUAACUGCCUCUCUGGAUCUCUGCCAUUCACCUUAGAGAUUCGUGGUCGGGAAGAAAGGAUCAUACGUGUGAAGCGUUUGGUACUUAACUAAACGCUGGGUGAAGGUUAACCACUAUUACUGGAGUGCUGUGCUCUCUCCACGUCCCGCCCUCACCCCUUUCUGGGAAAGAGCACCCUCGACGUCGCAGAGGGAGGGGCAGGUCUGCACCCCGCUGGCAGCUCCGUUCCCCGGGCAGAAAACCAGUACCCGAAACCUGGAGACACCUGGUCGACGCCUAACAGGGGCUCCUUCCAUGGUGGAAGACUUAAGGGGCCAAAGCAGUUCCAUGCUUUCUCCCGGGGACGCCUCACAACGACGCUUUGAAGUAUUAGCAACUGUUAGUGGGAGGAGUCUAAGGCCCAGGGAGGGCAAAUCACGCAUUUACUGAGUGGCAGAACCAGAAUUUGACGCCCAGAGGGGCUGAUUCCAAGCCCGGCAGCCACGCCAACCUCCCUGAAGCUACAAAACUGGGCCUUUCCUGCAUCCGAGACUCAGGUCUUGGUUUAGAGGUGACCAUUUAGUGGGCUGGAACUGAGCACAGCUAGAAUCGGUCCCUCAGCCCUGAGAAUCUAGGCACUUCCCUUCAGAGAAGUGAUUUGUUUCCAUAGAUAGUUGGUUUUUAUCCCUUGUCUCCUAGCUAGCGUUUCAUAUCAGAGUCGAUGUCCUGAAUCAUGUCACUUCCUGGUUUAAAAAACCUUCCUUAGUUUACGGGUUUGGAAUAGAAUCCAGUAGCAUUUCUGGCCUACACUGUCAGGCCUGUCUUGCCGGGUUCUCCUUGUUUGUUGUGUUCCUCAUCUGCCUUUACUUUCUCUUUCCUUGUCUUUUUGCCCUUCCUACUUCCUGAAUGGGUUUUCCCCUCACUCCCAUCCUCUUCUCAAGGCUGGCUCUUCUCCCUUUCAGGUCUUAGUUUAAAUGUCAUCUCCGCAAAGAGGUCUUCCCCGACCACCCUAUCUAAAGGAGAUUUUUCUCCACUCAAUCCCCAUUUGUGUGUGCUUUCCCAUCAAAAUAUUCACCUUAAGUUUUAUUUAUUUGCUAAUUGUUUUUCUUGACCACUAGGGUUCUCCGUUAGGUCAAACAUUAUUUUUCUUUAAUUUAUAAAGUAUCCUUAGUGCCAGGGCGCUAAAUGUCUGGCAGGUUUUGAACACUGAUAGUUGGUUUGGUAAUACUGACACCAUUCGAGGGCCCAAUUCACUGAAAAACAAACCAAACCCAUUGCCCUCGAGUCGAUUCCGACUCACAGCAACCCUGUAGGACAGAGUAGAACGUGCCCCAUAGAGUUUCCAAAGAGCGCCUGGUAGAUUAGAACUGCUGACCUUUUGGUUAGCAGCCACAGCACUUAACCACUAUGCCACCAGGGUUUCCAGAGCCUGAUUACAGAGGCACUAUUCAAAACUAUUUUUAAUCAUGCAAAACCUAGUGCCAUCAAGUCAAUUCUGACUCAUAGCAACCCUAUAAGGAAUUAAAUAUUGAAUGUAAAGUUGCCCUGCUGCUUUCUGCAUUGAUGUCUUGUUUAAAAAGAAGGAAUGACUGACUACCCUGGAGGAGGAACCUGGCAGACACCAUCUCAGCUAAGUGAUUGAAGUUUACAUCACCAGUAAUAUUAAGUCAGUUGAUGUCAUGUACCUUCUGAUAUGAUGCACCAAGAUGGACACAAUAUCACUUCUAUGGAAAAGCUAAAGAUGGCCGAAUUUCUAGAUGACCAGGACACUCGACUAUGUGACAACUGCAAAAAAGAAAUUCCUGUGUUUAACUUUACCAUCCAUGAGAUCCACUGUCAAAGGAACAUUGGUGUGUGUCCUGUCUGCAAGGAACCAUUUCCCAAAUGUGACAUGGAGACUCACAUGGCUACAGAACACUGCCAGGUGACCUGCAAAUGUAACAAGAAGUUGGAGAAGAGGCAGUUAAAGACGCAUGAGGAGACCGAGUGCCCCCUGAGGCUUGCCCUCUGUCAGCACUGUGAUUUGGAACUAUCAGUUCUCAAACUGAAGGACCAUGAAGAUUACUGUGGGGCCCGGACGGAGCUGUGUGGCAGUUGUGGGCGCAAUGUCCUGGUGAAGGAUCGGAAGACACACCCUGAAGUUUGUGGGAAAGACGGGGAGGAGAAGAGAGAGGUGGUUGCCCUGCCACCUAAUGCUGAUGAUGAGCUUUGGCGUCAAGAUGGAAUGUGGACGGCAUCCCAUCUUAGACAGAUUGACGCUCUGGUCCCACCCAUGAGGCUGCCCCGGAGGCACCUGAGAUCCUUUGAAUCAGACCUUGUCCACAGUAGGACUACCAGCCAAAGGAACAUGCCAACCCAGUUUCCAAUUCAGAAUAACCUGCUUGAAGAACAAGAAAGGCAGGAGAGGAAUAGAAGCCGCCAGCCCCCCAAAGAAGGUGGUGAAGAUAGUGCAAACUUGGACUUCAUGUUGGCCCUAAGUCUUCAGAACGAGGGUCAGGCCCCCCACAUGGCAGAACAGGACUUCUGGAGGGCGGUAUGUGAGGCAGACCAGUCCCGGGGAGGGCCCAGGGCUCUGAGUGACAUAAAGGGUGCGGCCGGCGAGACCAUGUUGCCUUGUGAAUUCUGUGAGGAGCUCUACCCAGAAGAACUGCUGAUUGACCACCAGACAAGCUGUAACCCUUCAUGUGCCUUACCUCCGCUCAGUACGGGCAGCUCUCCCCUCAAAGUGGUGGAGGACCCUGAUGUCAUCUUCCAGAAGUUUCUGCAGCAGGCUAACCAGUUAGAGUCUUUGAUGGGCCUGCCCAAUUCACCCCCUGUGGAAGACAGCAUCAUCAUCCCCUGUGAAUUCUGUGGGGUGCAGCUGGAAGAGGAGGUGCUGUUUCAUCACCAGGACCAGUGUGACCAACGCCCAGCCACCGCAAACCACCAUGUGAUGGAGGGGUUUCCCAGACAGGAUUCCCGGCCUCGAGAAACCUCACCAGAGCUGCCCAGGAGGCGUGUCAGACACCAGGGAGACCUGUCUUCUGGCUACAUGGAUGACACCAAGCAGGAAACGGCUAAAGGGCCCACCUACCCUGGGCCCCCCAACAGACCCAUUAACAAUAUGAUGGCUACCUAUAACCGACUGUCAAAGUCCAUGUCAGGCCCCAGGCCUGGGUGCCAGCCCAGCCCUCCUCGUGUCUUGAAGCUCAACAACUCUGACAGCCAGGACAUCCGGGGACAGAAUGGCAAUGGCCAUAAUGGGGCCGUGGCCCCUGGGCACAUUUCAGUGAUUCACCCUGUUCGAAACCUCUACCCAGAGAACCUUGUGCCCUCCUUCCCCCGCGGGCCUGCAGGGAGAUACGGAGCAAGUGGUAGGAGUGAAGGUGGCAGGAACUCCCGGGUCACCGCCCCAGCCGCCAGCUACCGUAAUAGAACUGCAAAGGCAAAAAGCCCCAAACAGCAGGGAGCUGGGGAUGUGGAGGAGGAAGAGGAGUAGUCACAGUGUCGCGAGAACCUUCCCGAGGCUCCUAUCUUCCAUGCACAGCAGCACUCGCCGCAGUGCAGGUCCCGGCUCUUUGGGCAGAGAUUUUUUGGAUUUUAACUUUUUCUAGGUUGUGGCCAUUUUGUGUCUUUUGAGAUUGUGCUGUGGGAGUUUUGGGGUUUGAGGGAGGGUUAGCGGGGAGGCUGUUGAAAAUGUUUCAGCUUUAGCUGCCACCUUUGGCAGCAGUUAUGUCCUCUCGGCCCACCAGGGCUCCAUCUUUUGACAUUCUGUCACCACUGCUUCUUGGUGCUGUGUGGUCCUGGUGGGACGUAGCAAGGGUUCUGGAAGCCUGGUACCCGCCGGCGAAGGCAGUCUCUUCUCUCGGGGAGCUGAAAUGUGGGGGCUUUGGGGUAACUUCUCACUUAUACUGCCCCUCCCCACUCUAGAAUUUGGGCCUGUGGUAUGUGGGGAGGAGCUCUGGCAAAGUGUCCAGGCCAGUUGCAAUAUGCAAGUUAGAAACCAGGCUUUUGGAGACGAGUCGAACUAGAGGUGAGUGGACCAGGGGCUUUGUUUGAAGCUGCUUCCUUGGCAUUUGGCACCGCUGCCUUGGGUUCCUGGUGGGGAGCACAGCUCCUUUGUCUUCACGGCCCCCUAGUGGUGAAGGCUGGGAGCUCCCUGUCACAGUCAGGGCCAUGCUGGGUUCUGCCCUGAGCAGGACUGAGGCCUUAGCCCCAUGGCUUGCCCUGAAAACCAUGUGUCGGAGCCCCACACCCUCUUUUUAUUUUACUAUUGUUAUUCUUAACUUCCUUGUAAUAGAAAUAAAGUUUGUACUUGGAGUUCA